AUGGAAGUGGUAGCAAUGACUGAGCCUGAAAAUCCUGGAUUGAUAUACUCUAGCGAUGACGACGUGCCUCUGGCGGCAAGACGACAAUCCAAAACGAGUAUACUCACGGAACGGUUGCCAGAAAAAGGCAAUAUCAAGCCGACGACAGAUCUAACCGCGCAACCAUUCCGCUCUGUUGUGAUACUACGCGUCGGAGCUAAGCGAGAAGAAUUCUUUCUUCAUACGCAUGUUUUUGCGGGCAAGUCAAAAUGGUGCCUACAGCGUCUCGGAAAUCUGUCCUCGAAAACAUUCGAUCUUGACUGGCUGGAGGCUGACGUGUUUGGCGACUUUGCAAAUUGGCUAUACCACAAUAUCCUACCAAGUCAAGAAAGCAAGUCUGACGAUGAGUAUUAUUCUCAUUUGAAAGACUUGUAUUUACUCGCGGAAGAGUUUGGGGUUGAAGGGCUUGCGGGCGAUGUUGUGAAUAGAAUGUUCAAUUUCUUCUCACGAGCCAACCGCAAGAUGUCCUCCUCGCUAGUAGAAAGCAUCUACAAAUCGACAGGCCCAGAAUCAAAAUUGCGGCGUUUGGCAGCAAUUAUGUACGCGCACGGCUAUGUUAAGGGAAUGGUUACCCUGCCGGAAAUCUUAAACGACGUGAUUAUAAAACAGCGAGAGGACUAUCAGUUGUUGAAAGAGAAAAAUAUCGAGAACAGGGCCGCCGCUAUGGUAUCGAAAACUCAGGGUAGACGCAAAUACGGGGAGCGAGCCACGAGUGCCGAAAAUAUCCAGGAGGUGUUUGGUCUUGGUACACAGAGCGACACACAGCCAAUCUCAAAAAGGACAAGAGCCAGUACGGAAGCGCCCAAGCCAAUAAAUUCUGCCACCUUGUUGAGUCGCUUUCAAACUCUUAGAGGUAAAUAA